CUCACGUUUAAAAACAUCUGACAACGCCAGAGGCGAUCUAGAAUCACACACAGUACCAUGGUCUGGAGUCAGCUAGAGCUAGAGGAUGUGCACAUCGCCUAUGCGUGUGUGGGGAUAUUCUCCACCCUCUUUUCGCUUGUAUCGUUGUUUGUCAAGGAGAGACUUUAUAUUGGUGAAGCCACUGUAGCGACUAUAGCAGGAUUAAUUCUUGGUCCGCAUUGUCUUGGCUGGUUUGACCCAGUCACUUGGGGAAACACAGAUCACAUCACCUUGGAGAUAAGUCGAAUAGUCUUAUGUAUCCAAAUCGUAGCCGUGGCCGUAGAAUUGCCUAGGAAGUACAUGAAGAAGCACUGGUUGUCGGUGGCUAUCUUUUUGUUGCCUGUAAUGACAUGUGGCUGGCUAGUGGUAGGGCUCUUUGUAUGGGUUCUCAUUCCACACUUUAACUUCUCAGAUGCUCUUUUGGUGGCUGCUUGUGUCACUGCUACUGACCCUGUGUUGGCAGCUGCUGUUGUUGGUAAGGGUAAGUUUGCAGAAAGAGUACCGGGUCAUUUGAGAAACUUGUUAUCGGCUGAAUCCGGCUGUAACGAUGGGAUGGCUUUCCCCUUCAUCUUUCUUUCGUUGAACAUCGUAAUCCACGGCAGCAAUGUGGGAGUAGUGCUCAAGGACUGGAUCUUGCUCACGAUCUUGUGGGAAUGUAUCUUCGGCUGUAUCCUCGGUGCAGUGCUAGGCUAUGUACUUAGAAAACUUGUAGCAUUCGCUGAGCAGAAAAACUUGAUCGAUCGUGAAUCGUUUCUUGCGAUCUUUGUGUUUUUGGCAUUUAACUCCGCUGGUAUUGGGUCCAUGUUGGGGGUCGAUGACUUGUUGGUUUCGUUUGCUGCUGGUACAGCCUUUGGCUGGAACGGUGACUUCGCCAAAAAGACAGAGGAAUCGCAUGUUUCUACGGUAAUCGACUUGUUGUUGAACUUGGCCUUUUUUGUCUACUUCGGUGCCAUUGUACCAUGGCCCCAGUUCAACGAUGGAAGUCUUGGUUUGAACGCUUGGAGAUUGGUGGUUCUUGCUGUAGUGGUCAUUUUCUUGAGAAGAUUGCCAGCCGUAAUAGCUUUGAAACCGUUCACUCCUGAUGUCAAGACGUGGAGAGAAGCAUUGUUCUGUGGCCAUUUUGGACCAAUCGGAGUCGGUGCUUUAUUUGCAGCCAUCUUGGCUCGUAAAGACUUGGAAGCCCAUUACACGCACGAAGAGACUCCUUUGGCCCAUUUGCCAGAUAAAUCGCACCCUCAUUACCAACUACUUGCUACCAUCUGGCCCUUGAUUUGCUUUAUAGUUAUCACGUCUAUCGUGGUCCAUGGAUCGUCUGUAGCUGUUUUAACGUUGGGUAAGCGUCUUAACAGAAUGGCCAUUACCAUGUCAUUCACCAUAACUGAUAACCAAGACCAGGGUCCUGCUUGGAUGUCAAGAUUGCAGAAAUUGGAUAAAGUGUCUACUUCCUUCUCUUUGCACAGAGUGGACACGCUUGCUCCUAGUCCAAGUACUGCUGUUGAAACCAGUGGAAUAAAGGUCAGGCCCGCUGGAGGUGCUAAGAGAAGAAAGAACAAGAAGAGUGAUUUGCAAAGACCACAAACAGAAGUGUUGCAGCUAGGAAGAACUCCAUCAAGAGUUCCUCAAUCUACUCAAGAUACCCCAACAAAAGAGAAUGAGAAAUUGCCCUUUAAUCCAAACGAAAAGCAAUCCGGUAAGUCUCAGUACGGUGAGAGAUUACCAACGGAAGAAGAAAAGACUCUCUCUGUUCCUACCACAGCUUAUGCUGAAGGAAACCAACUUAUCAUUGAAGACCAACGUGGUGAAAUUGUGGAGUCCUUGAGUUUGAAUAAAGUCAAGAGCAAUGCUAGCUCUCGUCUUGAUGAUAACUUGAGUAUCCACUCCAUGGAUUCACUUCGUCGUCAUUUGUCUCAGUACGAUUCGGCAGAUGUUUCUUCUGACGGAGAUCAAUCAGAAGAGUCACCGAUCAGCAAGAAGUUGUCGAGAACAAUUUCAGGCUACAAGAAACGCACAUACUACAGAAAGAACGAUCCUAAUCACAGAAAGGUAUAUGCUCAUCAAAUCGACGACGUCAUUGUCAUAGAAAACGAGGAUGGUGAAAUAAUAAGAAGAUACAAGGUCAACCGCCAUCCUCAUUCCAUCAGCCCUACUCAAUCUAGAAAGAGAACCGGAUCUGUAGUUGCUGCUAGUCUCCAGUUCUUCGGGCUUAAAGGCAAGGAACCCGAAAACUUACCUGCUGUACCUGUCAUUAAAAUCGACGAUGGAAAGGCCUCUGAAAACAAAUUGAUUGUCCAAAAGGACGAACCAGGUAUAGACUCUGCCUUGAGCGGUGCCAGAGCGCAAGUCAAACUAGAGAGUAAAUUGGCAGAUAUGUUGGCUAAGUCCAAAGUAUCUGAAGCCUCGGAGGAUUCCGAAGAAGAGGAUUCAGACGACCUUCAGGAAACAGCUGUGGAAAAGAGAAGAAGAUUGGAAGCAUUGGGCAAAUUGCCUACCACCCAUAGGGAUCACGAUGAUGAAGAAGAGUGA